GUCACGUUGCCAGUUUGGAAUGCAAAUGAAAAUGGUCCACCCCUUCUCUGCUCUCUUGCUGCCGCUGGUCUGCUCUGCUCUGAGCCACCAUCCAGAAAUGGUGUAGAAUAUCAGGAAAAACAGCUAGGGAGAGCGGCCAGAAAGAGGACCGAGGCUACAAGACUUACAAUAACAGCACAGGAGAGCUAUUCAGAAGAGCCGGGGGUCAAAGGUGAGAAGAGCAGAGGGCACCAUGGAGAGUGAGCCGGGGGCCCCUGCCUCUACGGCAAACAGCACCGGGACUGCCGCCACCGCCGCCACCUCCUCCAGCACCACAGCUGCCAGCAGUAGUAGUACCUCUAACACUACUGCUACUACUUCUACGACUUCCACGAGCAGCAGCAGCAGUAGUAGUAGUAGUAGUAGUAGUAACACUAACAGUAGUGCCAGUAGUAGUACUACAGCAGCAGGAAGACAAACAGUGCCUCAGAUAUCUGUUUACAGCGGGAUACCUGACCGACAAACAGUGCAGGUGUUCCAGCAGGCGUUACACAGACAGCCUAACACAGCAGCCCAGUACCUGCAGCAGAUGUACGCUGCUCAGCAGCAGCAUCUGAUGUUGCAAACCGCAGCCCUCCAGCAGCAGCACAACCUUAGCACCGCUCAGCUCCAGAGCCUGGCUGCUGUACAGCAGGCCAGUAUCGCAGCUGGCCGGCAAAGUUCUUCACAGAACGGCACUUCAUCGCAGCAAACAGGAUCGACUCAGGCUACGAUCAACCUGACCACCUCCCCGGCAGCAGCUCAGCUGAUCAGCCGGGCCCAGAGCAUUAGUUCCACCCCUACCAGUAUUUCCCAGCAGGCUGUUCUGCUGGGCAGCCCAUCUAGCACCACGCUCACGGCCAGCCAGGCACAGAUGUACCUGCGCGCACAGAUGGCCCAGCAGAGUAACCUGGUGCAGGUGGCCAGGAGCCUGGGCCGGGCUGUUCCACUGUCCCCGCAGCUCAUCUUUACUCCAACAGCCACAGUGACUGCUGUCCAGUCAGAGAGCUCCACGCAGGCCUCCUUACAGAAUCAGGUCCAGAACCUUGCCAUCCGUGGCCAGCAGGGGGCAGCCACAUCCUCCUCUCAGACUCAGACCCUGCAGGCUCUUAGUCUGAAGCAGAGCCCUGUGCCCAUCCAGCCCGCCUCACUGAUAAAGAAUCCCAGCCAAGUAACGCAGGCCUCCACAGGGGGGAAGUCUGUCUCCUUCGACAGUUCAUCUGAAGCAGGGAAGAAGGGGGACAGUGCAGCAGUCACAGAAGUCCGAGCUAUAAACAUGAGCCGCAGUGUCACAGCUAUCAGUGCUCAGCCCCUGAUUGCUCCAGCAUACACGCAAAUUCAGCCCCACUCCCUGGUUCAGCAGCACAAGCAGCAGCAGCAGUUUGUGGUCCAUCAGAGUCAAGGUUCCCAGAGGACCGCGGGCCAGCUGCUGCAGACGGCCUCCAUUCAACCAUCACAGCACCCUGUCCCUGUACUGCCCAAACCUGCUCCACACCAGCCCUCCAUGCCCAGCCAGCAGGCUACCAUCUUCCACUCCACCAUCAGCCCCCACGCCCUCCACUCCUCCCUCAACCAUGCCAAAGCUCAGCCCGUCCAGCUCACGGCCAUCAACCUGCAAAUACAGCCAACGGCCUCUCGACUGGUUCAGGACAGUAAAGAUAAGCCAACCUCUCUGGUGGUCAGAGAGACAUGUCCAACCCCUGCCACACAGCAACAACAGCAGCAGCAACAACAACAGCAACAACAACAGCAGCAGCAGCAACAACAGCAGCAACAACAGCAACAGCAGCAACAACAGCAGCAACCUGCGCCCUCGCCAUCACAACCCACUAAACCUCUAGAGCAGCCCAAGGUUGCCCCAGCCACACCAGCUGUUCAGCCACAAGCAGGAGGGGGCUCAGCCAAGAGGCCGAGUGCUGCACCUGGGACCCCACCUCCAGCCAUGACCUCAGGAAAUGAGAACGAGGCGCCCACUGUGACGGGCAGCACGCCGCAGAACGGAGAGAACAAACCGCCCCAGGCCAUCGUCAAGCCCCAGGUCCUCACACAUGUCAUCGAAGGCUUUGUCAUCCAGGAGGGAGCGGAGCCAUUCCCCGUGUGUGUGGAGCGUCUGCCCAUUCUUAUCGACAGCCCAAGGAAGCUGGAUCAUCAGCUCUCCUCAGACCCCGACAAAACCCCCGUCAGCAACGCAGCAAACACCGACUCUGAGCCUGAGGACCUGAACCAGUCAGAAAAGGAGCAAGAACCCAAGCUGACCUGUGAAUACUGUGGCUGGGUGGACUUUGCCUACACGUUCAAAGGCUCGAAGAGAUUCUGCUCCAUGGUUUGUGCAAAGAGGUACAACGUGGGCUGUACGAAGCGGAUAGGCCUUUUCCAUCCAGAGAGGAGUAAACCAACUAAUCGCUGGCGUAGAAGAUCUCAGGGCCGCUCUAGUAUAGAGGCGAAGAAGCAGAAGCUGUCCCCCUCACCACAGCAGACUCAGGGCGGUUCUGUAUCCUCACCACAUCCCUCACAGCCCAGUCAGGAGGAGUCCAGCCCGUGUUCGGACAUGUCCAGCUACGAGGAGCCGGCGUCUCCCCUUUCGGCAGCCAGCUCUGGGUCCCUGGCCCCUGCUCCGGCCCCAGCACAGGUCCCCGUCCACCGGCAUCCGAGCAGGGCCUCGGACCAGGAGGGCUGUGCUGUUAGAGAUGCACCUUCACUCUGUCAGCGCUUCUUACCCAACGACCCCACCAAGUGGAAUGUGGAAGAGGUUUACGAGUUCAUUCGUUCAUUGCCAGGUUGUCAGGAGAUAGCAGACGAGUUUCGCUCUCAGGAGAUUGAUGGACAGGCCUUGCUACUGUUAAAGGAAGACCACCUCAUGAGCACCAUGAACAUUAAACUGGGACCUGCACUCAAAAUCUUUGCACGCAUCAACAUGCUCAAAGACUCUUAGCUGUGUGUGUGUGUGUGUGUGUGUGUGUGUGUGUGUGUGUGGAGCAGUGUAAAACUACAUGAUAAUAGACUGACUGCACUAUGACCUCGCCUUCUCCCUACUACUGAACUGGUUCCUUUAAAUCUUACUUUAGCUUGCUCUCAUAUUCACUUGCAUCUGCUCAAGAACCAUAUAAACUCUGUCAUUCGCAAGACUGAUGGUUAUAUUGGAUGGUAUAUCAGAGUUGAAGCUUGAGCAAAAACACCCAGCAAGUUAAAAGAUUGCCUAACUAAGCUGCCCGUCAGAAAGCUCCAAAUCGCCUUUUCCUCUGCAAAGAAAAAAAAUAAAGCAUAGAGCCCUUACAGCAGCAUUGCUUUCCUUGACCUGAGACAGUGCCGUGUUGUGUACCUAUUUUGCAUAUUACGAUCUGAUCAUAAUGAGGGCAGAAUUGCAAUAACAAUAAUGUGUAUUAAUACUAGGUGUAGAUGCAAAGGUCUUUAUUAAAUGGCAUUGUCCAGAAACGCCCAUAUAACACAAUAGCAGGUGUAAAUGGGGUCUCGGAUUUUUGCUGGGGAAACAAAAAAACUGGAGAAGUUCAAAGGAAAAACGGAAGAAAGUUGAAAGAACAAGUCGUGCCAAAGUGCACUACCUGCUCAGUUGUGCCUGGGUUGGGUUAGGUCAUACUGCAACACAGUCCUUACUGAAUUAAGGCAUUGAGACAAAUGUGAUUGAUGUCUAAAUUAAUUAUUAUUAUUAUUAUGAGAUGUUUUUUUGUACAGCUUUGUCAGUGUGUGAAUGUAAGAGACAUUUCUCUGUAUGUGACUGGGAACAGAAGAUUGCAUUCAUUUAUGUUCUCAUUUUUAAUUAAGUAGAUGCUCCUUUUGCCUUUUCUCACAAAACUCACAGCUCUUGAAUACAAAGCUUGAAUGCAGAGAAAUCGUUUUCACAGUUCUUUUGUGACAUCGAUUAUGCUUUCAUGAAUUUCUCACCAGUUUUUCUCCUGUAGAUCUAAACUGCAUACAAAUGAUUUUUUUCACCGCUUUUUCAAAAUGAUUUACUAAAUAUGAUAUUGAUUUAUUGUCUCAGUUUCAUAGGACAAUAAGUUUUCUGAGGAACAAUUCGGGUGUGCUGCUCUCUUCACACAGCCCGGCUUUUGGCACUUAUUUUCCUUUUGCUUUAAUGUUAGGAGAUACUCCACCUAAAGGGAAACUGGCAUUUGUGCAGCAAUGCUAACACGUUUAUAUGUACAUAGCAGCUAAAGUGAGAAGAAAGUUCUAAGCUGGUGUUUUUUUAAGUUAUCCUUGUUAUUUUAACAGAAAUGUAAUUUUCAAUAUUUUGAAAUAUGCAAAUGUAUAAAUACCAGUUUUUUGUUUUUCCUAACAAAAUAUGUUCAAAACUAUUUGUUUGUGGUUGUGAUGGAAGGUCAACCUUUAUAAAAAAAGGCUUUGUCAAAUGCUUGUAUUUAUCAAAACAGUUUGUUACACAACCUUUUACAAUUAUAAAUAAUUUGCAAUACA